AUGGCCACGCUUGGAUCAUCGGAAGCGUUGCGUACCGGCUCAGGCCGGUCCCGUCCACCGGAGCCCGGAGCCGAAUGGGCGGAAGUUACGGAGGCGUUUUUCGCCGCGACCCAGUGUCUUGCUCCAGAUGAAAUGGUAUUCACUGGCAAGAGCUUCCGCUGGGCAAGCUGUAUCUCUGCAGUGGAGCUGACCUCUCCGAAUCUAGACAGCGGCGCAAGCCUUCCCCUCGGGAAAACCUACCUAGACAGUGUUCAGGAAGGUAUAGUACCAGACUCAAUUGAUGAGCUCUUCUGUACGGAGGUCUGGAAAGACACACCAGCACUGUCUCUCAUAAAGACCUCACUGUCAACUGCAAUCAACUGGGCUGAUGGCCGGUGUUCGCUUCCGGAACUUAUGCUGCCAAAUCUCUACAUCUUCAAAGCCCUUUUUCGAGAAGAACAUCCUGGUACUGCUUUUACAUCUUUUCUGAAUGAGUGCUGCAUUUUCUUUGUACGUCAUAUUCGGGCGCUAAUCUUACAUACAAAUGUGCAUUUCGAGGAAGAUAUAUCUGUGAAGAUGCAACUGCCUUUCAAGCUUGUACGGAAAAUAUCUGGAAACGUCCCAGUCUUCGAUUCGGAAUCUACAUCAAAAGCGAUUGGCCAAAACGUAUGCCCUUUUUUGCGCGAUCAGGCCGUCCGUGAAGUCGCUGAAGCGGCUGGCUCCGUAGGUCUGGACCCGCGCCUGCAGGCACAGCUUAUCGGGCAUAUCGAUAUAUGGUGGCACCUAUGCAUCUUGGCUUCCUCCACAGGGCAAACUCUGUCAGAUCUGAACAGCCAGGCCCAUAUUCUGCAGCGUCUUUUAUCAGAUCUUUCCGUCGUUGCGUUUCACGAGGAGCAGGAUGAGAGCACGCUGGGAUUCGACGCUGCUGUGGUGCGACACCUGCUGCCGCCAUCGCCGCCGAUGCGGAUGCCGCGGAUGAAACACAAGGAUGCACUCGCUUCCAUUGAUGAUUUUGCUGCCUUUUGUAUUCGUCUAGAUCGAGCAUCGAGGUUUCUCCGCGGGAAACUCGCACCACCGCCUUUUCCAAGUUUGGAGCGCUGCACCGUGGCUUGCUUCGACCUCGCAUGCAUCUGCGUCGAGCUACAUGGACGCGAAAGAUUGGCUGGAGUUUCAAGGGCUUGCCUCUGCAAAGAGAUGAUCAGCGUCGCAAGGAGUUUUGUUCAUGCUUAUGACCAGAAAACUGAAGGGCCACAUCGAACGUUCGAUGCCGAACGUAGCACAGCUAUUGCUGACGCCAGUAUUGAGGCCGAGCAGUUGCUGCCGAUAAUCGAGGUCCUAAUUCAUGUAUUAUGCAUGAACAGUGGCAGACAAAGGCGUCGACUCUUAAGAGUUUUACGAAAGAUAGGCCGAGAUAACGGGACACGGCAGGCUGUGCUUGCUGCGCUGAAUUCGGCAACGGGACGGGGCUUGCGCUGCAGAGCACUUUCCAAAGCUGUGGAGACGCUCCGCGGCAUCGAUAUGGGACGCGCAGCUUUGGCGCUCUGGAUUGUGUUGCGCAUCAUAGAUUUGGGUUUCGACCUGGAAUUGUACAGCGCAAUUGAGUUGAGGUACCUGCAGGCGCUCGAGCUCCUUCUGCUACGCAGUAUUGAUUCCAUCUUGUCUUUUUGGUAUGAUCCAAAUGAGGAGCAUGUUUCCCUGCACCUGCUGAGAGCGAGGCUAGUAUUAAGUAGAAGAGAAUAUGUUCGCGAUGUCGAGGUGCAGGACAGCGCACGCAAUGUCAGCGAGAACUCUUGCCCUAGAUGUUCCAUUCAAGAAAACGUGGAUGGUGCGACUCACAAAUCUGCGUUAAUCCACGGGGCAUGCUCGGAGAACGAGCUGCCGCCGAAAGAGGAGCUAUCAGAAUCGGAACAAGCUGCGUUUGCCCUUCGAUUCCGAUCGCUUUUUGAUUUCGUGCCAAUCUCGCCCGGACAUGUCAACUCAAUGCUAAGAGGACGUUACACGCUGCUGCGGGAGGCUCGACAUGAUGCAGAUCUGGCCGCACUAGAAAGUUUCAAAGCCGCUGUUCAAAGCCUGCUUACCGAUGUCCUGAAACCGACGGGGAACGCGCCCGUCGGAUCUGUCCACCACGUUCUGCACAGAUUACGAGCCGUAUAUGGGAGCUGCGCAUGCCUCUGCGAGGCAUAG